AAAUGUUUUAUUUAUAAUCUGUUUAUCUCGAUGUGUAUGUGUUUCGUGCGCUUCGUUUUUAUAUUAUUUUAUUGAAAUAUAUUUAAUUAUUGCAUAGAUGAAAUUUACAGAUGUGAAUGAUCGCCUCUUUGAUCCCGUAAUUGGCUGAGUACAUUGGGCCACAAUGGACGUUGACGAUUCGGCAGUUGAUCUUAGCGUCAGAUCCUUGCCUCCGGAAUUAAGUGAACUGCGAGCUCUUACUGCAAGUGGACUAACUAUAACUCCAGCACAGCCUCCUCCACAUGGUGCAAGUGGCAAGCGAGUGCUCCGGCCACGGUCAGAGCAGCGUAGUUAUGCGGAGAGCCCUGACAUAGUAUUGCUGCCGGCGGCGCCUCCGCACCGCAAGCCUAGCCUGCCCGCGCCCGCACCUUUCUCAGAUGUGAGCAGCAAGUUGAACGCGAGCGUGAACGUGUCUAUAACGCCGAGCGCGCCGCCUGCGCCCGCGCCCGCCGCGCCGGACUCCCCGCACCAGCCGCGCGAGGACGACUCCGAGGACGACGAGAAUGAGCCCCCGCUGCCUCUCGCCGCGCACGCUGAGCUAUCAAGUGCGGAGAUAUGGGAGCGAGAGAGACGGCUGCGGGCGCUGCGGGAGAAGCUGCGCUCGGAGGAGACGCGCCUCGUGCUGCUGCGGAAACUGCGCCAGUCGCAGCAGACCACUGGCUUACCGGCCCCUAAGGAGACGAGCAGCGGCACGGCGCUGGCGGGCAGCGGCUGCGUGGUGCCGCCCGGCGUCACCGUCACGCCCGCGCCGCCGCCCGCGCACCAGCACAACAAGCGAUCGAGUACUGGCGCGGCGGCUGGCAGCAGCCUGUCAUCGAGCGGGCGGCGCCCCUCCAGCCUGCCCGGCGGCGCCACGCUCACGCCCGGCGUCUACCGCACGCAGAAUUCAUCAAGUGGAGGCGCCAGUAUAACGCCGUCGGUGACGAUAACACCAGCUCCGCCGCCAGCGACGCAACACCCGCAGCCAAAGGCGAGUUCCCGAAGUUCCGAUGACACGCAGACGCCGGCUCAGCGACAAGCUGCAGCCAAGUUGGCGCUGCGAAAACAACUCGAGAAAACCCUAUUACAGAUCCCGCCACCUAAGCCUCCGCCGCCGGAGAUGAACUUCAUCCCGUCGCCUAGCAACACCGACUUCGUGUAUCUCGUCGGCCUCGAGCAUGUCGUCGACUACCUCACUAACGAGGAACGCAUGCCGCGGUCCAGCGUGCCGGCGGUUACAUUGAUGUCUCAAAUAAUAUAUCGUGUGUGA